AUGCGUUCCAAGACCAUUGAAGCGCUUACGCUUCCGGUCAUAGACCUCAAUCGUGAGAUCACCCACCCGUAUUCCUCGUCCAAGGGCUAUACCACCAAGUUGUUCUCUCACAAUAGACAGCUUCUAAUCGGCAAACACGAAGUGGUGGUGAUCCAGGGCUCCACCAUUUCAAAGAAGUACACGUUCAACGAGGACAUUGUCACUGCAACCUACACCUGUUUCAACAACAACUCCGCCAACGUUAUCACCACCGAUGCCCUUGUGGUCUGUCUUGCCAAGUCGGCCAACAUCUACUACAAGGACGGACGAGCAUACGUGGUGAGCUUUCCAUUCGUGUUGAAAAACGCCUUUCCGUUUGAUUCGGGACUUAUUCUUGAGAAGGACCAAUCUCUGCCGUCGCUUUUCUCGAGCCAUCUCCAUCCCCAACAAUUAAACAGUGCCAAAUUCCUCACAUUGGUAGACCCCAUUGGAGAUUUCAGAAUAGUCACUACAUCCUCGACCUCGAUCAUAUCAAGAAAUGAAGAGCUCAUGACGUUUCCAAGGCGGGCCUUGAAUAAAUCAUCCAGUCUCUGCGCUACCUAUAACGGCACUGACGGCAAUGUGCUCAUAUACCAAAUAAGAGCAUCGACUAGAAACAACAAAAUAUUGAACUCCAACUCGAGCAAAUACGCUAAAAGGAAGCACUCGUUGGUCUACACUCCGAACCCUUCUCGGAUCCUUGAGGAUGAAAUAUUGAGUGAGGUCCCCAAUUCAAACCAGAAUGUUCUCUCGUUGAAUAUGGAGAAGAAAAGGACAAGCACCUUGUUGUCAGACGUGUCUUCCAUUGCAAGAAUGAGUACUGAUCCAGGAUUUUCCGAACCAUCAAAAAAGAAAAACAACAAUUCACACGAAUACCCUGUGUUCAAAAAGGACAUGAUCCUCACUCGGGUGGAUGUACUAGGCCUCAAAGUCGAUAGGAAGAACCUUCAAAUUUAUGGCUUGAUUUAUGAAGACCAAGAGGCUAUUGUGAUCGUUAAUAAAUUGAAGAAAGAAACUCGUGCAUAUAUCUACAAGCAUUCCUCUUCUGGUCGUUUCCAAUCGUGCUAUACUUUUCACAGUCAGGAAUGUAUACCAUUAAACCACCCAAGAUAUGAUGGGUUUAUGAUAAGUUUGAACGAAGGUUCGUUGACAUUAGUGAAUCCGUUCUUGGAUAUUGUAUCACCCAAAAUCAAUUUGUCAGGUCAUUCAUCCAAUAUUACUAGAUUGAUCGACUCAUGUGAUGAACAGAUUUCCUUAUUAACUACAAGUGGUAAAUCAUAUAAUAUUAGGCUUAGAUUGGAGCCUCUGAACUCUUUCGUCUUGGGGUGUCUCAAGUGUUUCAAGUAUCUAUCUGGUUCCAAAAUUAAUGAAACGGUCUGGCUACUCUGGAGAACAGCACUCAUGCUAGAUGACUAUAACAAUGAAUGGAAUGCGUUUGUCAUUGCACUUCUUUCUAUAAUAUAUCCUUUUGAUCAACCACCGCCUACCACCACCAAUGAUAUCACUAAAUUGAUACCAAAAGCAAAGUAUCUACAUGAAGCUUCUCAUCUCAACUACUCGUUAUCUGAUCUUAUACCAUAUAUCGCAUUAUCCAUGCAUCUUUUGAGAGAAGAAUUGAGGCUUGACUUGACCGCAACCCUGAAUUUGAAUAAAGUUGGAUUGUUGUUGGCACAAUUAACAACCUGGAUGGGAUGGCCGGAUCACUGGAGUAAUUACUAUAUGGUUCAGGAACAAGAGAUUGAUUCUGAAGUCAGGUUUCUCCUGGUGUUCAUAUUAGAAUCACCACCUAAUUUAUUAGAGUCCUUGGCUAGUUUGUUCAGCAAUAAGAUUACUCGUUACCUUACAUUCUCCCAGUUGGUAGAGGAAGGUGACUCAAUUGAUGCAUUAAUAACUCCAAGAACUCACUACAUCUUAAAAUUUUUUGAGGUGAUUGUUUCUCCGAGCUAUGGCCCAAGCACGGUUAUUGACUUGAUGUGCGAAUAUGGCAUUACACAAGGUGAUCUUGAGACAUAUCCUCCAGGAAUAGCAAUCCCACUAAAGGAAGCGAUUCUGAUCUGUCAAGAAAACCCAAUGUUUGAAUGGACCAAAAAUGCGCUUGAAUUGGUAGGCAGAAAGGAUCUCAGCAUGUUCUUAUCUAAUGAGAGAACAAAUGCUAGCUUAGUAGGUACUAUUCCUGAAACCAAAAGUAUCACUCAAAUUUUAUCAAACGUUUUGGAUAAAAAUGAGACCAUCUCUCCCUGGGACGGUCAAUCUGAGGCAGAGCGAAUCAACAUCACGAAGCUAAUGUUCGAUUAUGAUAGAAGGUAUUUUGAGAUUACUACUCUUUUACAUCAAACAAAAACGCAAACUGCUACAUUGCAUGCAGAUGAGAAUAUCACGGAGUAUGACUUGGUUCUUUUACAAAGAGAGCUUGCCUCGCUAGUUGCGAUGAGAACACUUACUAUUCCCUUGGGAAGGGCCUCAUUGUUCUAUGCUAGUAGGAAGCCUUUGCUUACAGAGAAAUUUCCAAUUCCGAAAUUCAACUUGAAUACCUUGAUCGCACCAACAAUGACCAAUAUAGUAUUCUCUGAAGGCUCAAUACCAUUCAAUAUAGCUGAGUGGGGCUCCUUCCAUAAUGGUGUUUCAUCUGGUAUGAGUAUCAGUAGAGAUGCUAAGGGGAUCUCUGGAAGCUGGAUCAUUUUCAACAAACCACCUGAUUUAAACGCACAGCAUGCAGGGUUCCUCCUAGGUUUGGGUCUUAACGGGCAUUUAAAAAAACUUGAGGAAUGGCAUAUUUAUAAUUAUUUGGGCCCCAAGCACCCGUUGACCAGUGUGGGUUUAUUAAUAGGUAUGGCAGCAAGCAUUAAGGGUUCCAUGGACAACAAAUUAACAAAAGUGUUAUCAGUCCAUGCAGUAGCCUUGUUGCCUCAAGGAGCCAAUGAUUUGAACGUCCCAGUGAUGGUUCAAACCGCAGGCUUAAUUGGUAUUGGUUUGUUGUAUUUGGAGAGUCAACAUAGACGGAUGAGUGAGAUUUUGUUGUCACAAAUCACCAGUUCUGUUUUCCAGAACGAUUCUGAGCAAAUACAUGAAGGGUACAGAUUGGCAGCCGGAAUAGCUCUCGGUUUCGUGAAUUUAGGAAAAGGAGAUGAUCUUAGGGGAUUACAUGACACGCAUGUCGUCGACAAGUUGAUUUCUUUAGCCAUUGCUAUGAAGGAUCACCAACCAGUUCAGGAAUUGGACAAAUCAUGCUGUGGAGCAAUUAUUGCAUUAGGCUUUAUCUACAUGAGAACUGAAAACACCUCGAUUGCUAACAAGCUAAGAGUCCCCAAUAUCGAACAAUUGUUGGACUAUAUUAGACCAGAUUUGCUCUUGCUUCGAUGCGUUGCCAAAAACUUGGUUAUGUGGAACAGAAUCGAGGGCACAGUUGAUUGGGUAGAGUCAGAGCUUCCCACCCCAUUGCACGAAAAGUACUCCAACAGCACGCUUGAUACUUUGGACAGUGACCAGUUGAGCUACUUCUAUAUUCUCGGAGGAUCGUGCUUGUCGAUUGCAGCCAAAUACGCUUCGAGUCACAAUAUCACUGCACGGGACACCUUGUUGCAUUUUCUAGACAUGAUGAUGACUAUUUCUUCCAAGGAGGCCAGCAAUUACGAUCAAAAGAUUGCCCAUCAUAGUGCCAUGAGCAUGCAGAAUUUGUUGGCCCUAAGUGUUUCUGUGGUGAUGGCAGGAAGUGGGGACUUGGAGUCAUUCCGUCGGAUCAGAGUGUUGCACAACGACACCAGCAAGGACAAAGGAUACGGCAAUUACAUGGCCAUCAACACCGCAUUGGGGUUCCUCUUUUUGGGUGGAGGCCAGUAUGCGUUUGGCAACAGCAAUUUUGCAGUGGCCAGCUUGAUUACUGCCUUGUACCCGAUUUUCCCCAACCAAGAGAGCGAGUACGAGGUACACUUGCAGGCGUUGAGGCAUUUCUGGGCGUUGUCGGUGGAGCCUCGAUGCCUUGUGGUGCGGGAUGUUACUACCAACAAGCCGUGCAAAAUCCCGGUCAAAAUCACGAUGAAGAACGGCACCGUCCGCGAGACGUUGACCCCAUGCUUGUUGCCGGCGUUGGAUCACUUGCAGACCAUCGAGACCGAGUCCAGCGACCAUUUCCAGGUCAAGAUCGAGGUUGCGUCCCACUCUGAGUACUUGGAGAUCUUCAAGAACCGGCUCACCAUCUAUGUGUACAAGCGCAAGAACUACCGCAUGCUCAAGUCGUCCAUUGGCUCGCUCUUGAGCAACGAGAACAAGGCGUUGCAGGUGGCCAACCACGAGUUGCACCUCAGUCCAGACUUGGUGCAAAUGCUCGAGGUAGGUCCAAUGGCUGGCCUCAGUGCCCACGACAAACAGGUGGUGGUGUUUGAUGCCAGCGAGAACGACGACAACUCGGGGCUCUCGCUCUACAACAUCAUCGACACCAAGCUCGAUCUCAGUCGGAUAGCCACCCGGCCAGCGUCCGUGGAACACCUCUGGAACCUACGCCUUUUGUUUGCCUAUGCGGACACGCUAUUGAACCACGAGAUGCGGUACAUUUCCUUGGAGUUCGUGGAGCAGUUGAAACAGCUGGUGUGGGCGCUUGCCGGGUAG